AUGGCUACCAUACUCGAAACCACGCCACCAUGUGAGCUUCUAUCGCCAGUUUCACACAAAAGAAAGCGCGCCGAUUCCGAGACGCAGCCGCUGACUCCUCCACUAACCACGACCGAUCCUGAGGGGACGCGCCUGUUGUCGCGCGCUGUAGCCGUUCUCUCCACUGCUGCUACCGCCCUGUCUCAGGUCACUAUUCUGUACCAAUGUGAUCCUGUUGCGCGCGACGGACUCCUCCGGGCUGUAGAAUGCCUCGCCGGCGUGAACGAGGCGGGCGGAAAGCUGAUCGUGUGCGGCGUGGGCAAGAGCGGACUGGUGGGCAGGAAGAUGGUCGCGACCAUGAAAAGUUUGGGCAUCGCAAGCUCUUUCAUGCACGCGGCUGAAGCGCUACACGGGGAUCUGGGGGAUAUUAGGAAGAACGACGCCAUCAUGUUCAUCUCCUACUCGGGCAAAACGGCAGAGCUCAUGGCCCUUCUGGACCACAUACCAAGCCACACCCCCAUCCUCGCCGUGACAUCGCAUACGCACCCCUCCGAGUGCCAGCUGUUGAACGAACGGCCCAGCGCAAUAUUGCUCCCUGCGCCCAUACACGAGCUGGAGGAGACGUCGUUUGGUGUCUGCGCGCCGACAACGAGUACGACCGUCACGAUUGCCGUGGGAGAUAUGCUGGCGCUCACAGUUGCCGAGGCACUGUACGAAGGCGAGACGACGAGCGUAUUCAGGAAGAACCACCCUGGAGGAGCAAUUGGGGAUAAGGCGAAGCGGAAGGUUCAAGAUGUAGAGAGCUCGAUCAGUUUUAAGAGGCAGAGAGGGAUGAUUACGCCACCGGCCUUAUGA